GCAAAGAACCAGCUUUGCGUUCUUUCACCGAAAUCCAACAACUACUCCAGCAAGGCAAAAAGCGAGAGGUGAAGAGUAUUCUGCGAGAGAAUUCAUGGCCCAUCAACUCACCCAUACGUGCACAACUGUGGCCAGCACUAUGCGCCCAACAUCAGACGAAACAGAAUAUGUUGGAUGGUUUCUACUGGGACAUGGUGCAUCAGGUCUUCGGCACAACAGAGCUCUCUGAAAAACCGAUUAUGUUACCCGCGUUCGUCGAUCCCGCUCACUGUUUAACCUUUCACCUUACUCGCACCGGACGCGCGGUGGCCGAUCGUAUUGUGAAUGUAUUAGGCUAUGAUUGUCCAGAUAUUACAUACAGUCCAGUAUUGUAUCCGAUUACAUCGAUUCUGUUGCAUUUCAUGUCGG